GGGCCCCUUCCCACCGCAUUUCCCCGAUUCCCGGCUCCGAUGUCGUCCUUCCCCGCCUCCGCCGCCCAUCCGUGAUGGAUCCCGUCGUCCCCAAGCGUCCCUGCCCCUCCGCCGAUCCUUCCUCCACCUUCGACGCCUCCUCGAGCCCCUCUAGGGUCCCGUCCGGCCCCAUGGCGAUGGAUCGAGUCCUGGAGGCGCUUCUCGCCCUCCCGGACCCCUCCGUCGCCCUCGAGCUCUCCCUCGAGAGCCUUCUCGACUCGAGGCUUCUGGAGUCGGAUAAGGAUCGGUUGAUCGAGGGCGCCAUGGAGGCUGGAUCGGCCCUCCUGGAGGCCGCCAGGAGAUCCGCCCGGCGGCGCGCGUCCAAGCACAACUUCUCUUCCUGGCCCCUCGCUUCCGAUCUCACCAUCAAAGUAUUCUCCAAGCUAGAUACGCAGAGUCUUUGCCAUGCUGCAGCUACUUGUUCAAUGUUCAACAAGUGUGCAACAGAUCCAAUGUGCUAUGCAAAUAUUGACUUAACAGCUGAAGUGCCAAAGGUUAAUAACACAGUUGUCUCUACAAUGAUACAACGAGCAGGAAAAAAUCUUCAAUCACUCAAGCUUGGGAUUCGGCCUAGUCCAGCUUCAGCAACAGAACUUUGUAGACCAUUGUCCUAUUCCACUAGAAAUCCUAUGGAUACAUCUGGUCUUUCAUGGAGUCAAAAGAGACCAAGGCAAGGAAGGGAGACAUCUCUUCUUACAAGGUCUUGUCUUCUGGCUUUAAGUGUGGAUGGUGGUGCUGCAGGGACUCUCCUGAGGAGCCUGCACCUGUAUAACAUUGACAAGAUGGACAAUUCUGCACUUUGCACAGCGUUAUCUGCCUGCCCAUAUCUGCUUGAUCUUGAAGUUGUUGGCCUACAUGUUGAACUCAAGCGAACAUUGGAUGCUGUCAGCUCAAAUUGUCACUGUAUAGAGCGUUUGCUGUUUGAGUCCUCUGAUACUGGGAGAGAUGAUAGUUUGAACUCGGCAACUUGCAUUGAUCUGGUAAAUGGCUGUCCCAAUAUAGUCUCACUUGCUCUAAGGGGGUUUAAGCUACAUGAUCACAAAGUCCGUAUACUGGUGAAGGGAUCUCGCCACCUCAAGUUUGUUGAUUUUUCAACAUCUUAUUCAAUUACAGGGACCUUCUUGAGGAACCUUAGCGGUGGCACAAAUGCUCAUCCACUGGAGGUUUUGAUCUUACGUGAUUGUUUGCAUCUUAAAGAAGUUGAAGUGUCACAUCUAUUCUCAGCUAUGCUUGCUGGUGACUUCAAACUCCUCAGAUAUUUGGAUAUUUCAAAUAAAGAUGGCCUUUCUGCUGAGAAUGACUGGAACUAUCGAUGCUAUAAUCCAUGUACACAGCUAAUAUCACAAGUUUUGAAACAAAGACCUGAAUUAUGUUUGCUAGUGAAGUUUCCCCCGGAAGGGAGCUUGAUUGAUAUUGAUCUCAUCGCCGACAGUGAAAUAAGCAGUGGGACAAGCUCCUUAAUGUUGUAUAAUCUAGCAUUUGAUUCAUAUUUGACAAAUUCAUCUGAAAAUAGCUAUAGCAGUGAUCAGGGCAGUGGGAAUGAGGACGUCCCUGAUCUGAACUUUCCGUACGACGAGGAUAUCUUUGACGAGUUGGAGUUCCUUUAGUGAAAUGGAAGAUGGCUAAGGACACCGACGCAGCAUUAGCCAUACAAGAGGUUCACGCUUGCAUUCACGGAGACAUGGGACAUUGAAAGCAGUUAUUGGUGUAUGAAUACAGGAAGCCGGUGUCAUGGAUUUUGGUUCGGAGAUCUGCACCUCAUUGCAAUAUUCAUCGCUGUAAAGUUCUUGGUAACCUGAAUAAGGUUGAUUUUUAAGAAUGUUAGAUACUAUCUUUGUCAUGCCAUUUGAUAACACGGUUAUGUAUCUGUUGCAUCUUUAUCGAGAGCCUCUCUUAAAUCAAUUUCAAGGCAGUGACGGUAUUAUAUUCCUCCAA